AUGUUAUAUUGUGUAUUUGCCAUGGAUGAUAUAAAAUCUUCGAAAAAAUAUCAGAGAGAUAAAGAUGCACCAGCAUGGCCUUUUCGUAUUGUGAUGGCAGGGGCUAGCAAUUCAGAGGAACACAAUGUUAAAUGUGAUGAUGUAUUUCUUUUCAGACAUCAUUUAAAUGAGCUAAAAUAUAAAAUAGUUCGAGAUUUUUAUAAAUAUCUUGCCCAAGACAAAUCAAAACCCUAUUAUGAAGAUAUUACAUUUUCUAUACUAUCUCCUGAUAAAAUCCCAGAUCCCAAAAAGUUUAAUGCUAAAAAAAGUACAUUAACGAUAUUUAAAGAUCUUUACUCUGACCCUCCAGCUAUACAGAAAAAAAUUAUUUCAUUUUUCACUCAAG